AUGAAGUACACCACCGCCACCAUCGCCGCCGUCACCAUGGCGCUCGCAUCCGCAAAGGACUGCAACCUGCCUCCCAUUUCCGAAGCCGUCGUCCCCGGCGACGUCUUCAAGCUCGUGGCUCUCCCCAAGGUAGCCAACGAGAUUGAAUGCGAGCCCUUCCAAGCCAAGGCCAACGGUCUCCUCAUCGGCGAUGACUUCCAAAGCGCAAACUGCACCACCCGACUCCCCCGCGACCACGCCUCCUUCGUCCUCAACGGCCAGGGCCUCUUGUUCCUCUACACCGGCGACACCCCGGAUAACUUUACCGCCCAGCAGAUCUUCGUCGACCGCUCCGGUAUGGGCCAGGGCAACAUUCAAUAUGGCACCGGUCUCCCCUUACAGAUUGGCAAAAACCAGGAGUUGGGUCCGUUCAAGAUCACAGAGACGAGCGACUUGGUCUUUGAUAACGGUAAUGGUGCCGUUACGGCGUUUCAGGCUUGCCCCCCGGCUGAUGGGGACGAGUUGACGGGAUGGAAGGUCUGGCUUGCGGGUGCAGACAAGCCGGCUGGUAGCGAGGGAUGUGUUGGGCUGAAUGCUAGGGCGGUUAAGGAGACGAAGCCUGAGGCUUGUGAGUACUCUGUUUACAACGCUUAG